ACCUAUUAAUAAUAAUAGUUAAAAAAUUUAGACAAUUCAUUUUAUAGGAGAUACUGUACUAUUGAUAUAAAUCUUUACGAAAAAUUAAUUUUAUAUUUUAUGAACGUACGUUCAAAUUGAACUAUUUUUACUUGUAAAUAAUAAAAAGAUAAUUGUUGGUAGAAAAUGAUUAGAUAAAUAACUGGAAAAUCAAAGGAAAUAAUUUAAAUAUUAAAUAUUUGCUUUCCCGCGUUUUUUGCCUAACAGUAAAAAGCAGGAUUCAUGUCUGUAAAUAAAAAUAAUUUUUUUCCAGGUUCUGAGGAAACGAUAUAAGAAAAAAAUUACAUACUUUCAAAAGCUUGAAUGAACAAAUUUGUAAAUUUUUUAAUAACUUUACCUUCGAAUUAAUAAUUAUUUAUUUUAUAAUAAAUAAUUUUUAGUCUAGAAUGAAACGAUGCUUGACGACAAUGACUCAUUAAAAUAUAUUUAAAAAUAAAUGCAUGGUAGCGUUACUUUUAAUUUCAAUAAUAAACUUAUUUUGUAAAAUUCGUGGGUAGCAAGCAGUCGCUUAACCUCACAUUCGGUCUUCGAUUUCAAUACAUAGUUAAAGUGGUAUAAAAUUAAAUUAUCUAAAUAAAUAAAUAUAUAAACUUAUGAAAUAUUUAUACACUACAUUAAUAUAUUAAAUUUAAAUAAAUUUUGUAUUAAAUAAUUAUUUUGUUUUGUUUUGAGCUGCUGUGUGUAGUUCAAUAAUUAUUGAAUGUCAUUUAUUUUCUGCAUGUUUAAAAUAAAUUUUAUAUAUAAAUUAUCCGUAUGAAUUCAGUGAAUUUCAGUGUUUAAAUAUUUAUAAAAUCUACUAAAAAUUAUUUUUAAUCAAAACAAAAUCUCCCUUGGAUGUCGUAUAUUGAUAAAACCAGCGUGAAAUUUAUUUAUUUACAUAAUUAUCUGAAAUAAAUAUGAUAAAUACUGAAGAUCAUAUAUAAAUCUGAUGUUUCCACGUGGUGGUGAUACAGAAAAACAAGAGAUCGAGGUCAGUCAUUCUACAUCAGUUAAAAAAUAUAAGAACAUAUGAUGCAAGUGACAGGACUUGUAUUUUUUCUAUCAAUAAAAUACAGCAGCUAAAUUACAUUUUUGAAUUAAAAAAUUUAAAUAUUUAUCGUAACACAAGAUAAUCGAAAGCUGGUUUACGCCUAUCGUUCACGUCAUAUUUGUAGUAUUUAAUUACUAUCUAUUGUCAAUGGUAACUUACGAAUAAAGUAAAAGUUUAACAAAAUGACUAGAAGUAGAAAAAAAAAUAAUAAAGAAAAAACAACUAGACAUUUAGAUGAUGAUAAAUCAGUCAUGUGUUUUAUUUGUUCUGUCGAAGAGAAAUGGUCAGAGCACAAGAAAAACAAACAACAUCUAUCGAAAAUGAGAUUUUUCGCCCAAUCUUUCGUUGAUAUUUCAAAUCUAAAUGUCAGAUGUAAACUCUGUAAAAGUUUAGUUCCUAAACCCGCGUUUCAAAAACAUGCGAGCGAGAAACAUCAAUUGAUUCCCUGGUAUAGACCAAAGGAUGAGUUUACGACAUAUUGGAAAAAUGGUAUCACGAAUGUUGGAGAAGAAUAUCGCUGUCAUUUUUGUGAUAAGACUCACAGUUGUUGGUAUGUGUCAAUUGCACAUGUAGGAAAUAAAACUCAUCAAAAAGUUUUUGAAGAUCACGUAAGACUGAAUGACUCUAAUACUACAGCGUUGACUGAAAAAAAUUGUCAGCAGUUUGUUACUAAUGGUAUUGUUUUGUUAAGUUGUACGCAGCUGCUAUGUUGGAUAUGUGAUUGUACUAUUGUUGGGCAUGAAAAUGCUGAUAAACAUAUUGCUGGUGAAACCCACCAGAGUAAUUUAGCUGAAAGGUGUAAAAAAGUAUCUGGAAAAUGUAAUUUAAUCUCUACGACUGGGGAAUCUAAGAAGGAAAAGUUCCUCAAGUGUUUUGAAAAUUUUAUUAUGAAACGUCACGUUGAUUAUUAUUGCAAUUUGUGUAAUACUAAUUACUCAUCGUUCUCUUCAGUAGUUAGUCAUAUUGAAAAUCCAGAGCAUCAGGAUAUUUUGUUAAGUAAAAGACAACUUAAAGGUAUUGGUGAUAUUCCAUUUAUGGCAAAUACUUGUAAACUGCUUGUCAAAAAUAAUAUUUUUCAAUUAAAUACUCAGCAAUUAGAAUGUUGCUCAUGUAAAUCCAUUAUUUCGUCUUACUGCUUUAUCAACGAUCAUCUUAACAGUCAAAAUCAUAAAAGUAACUUGGGAUUUAUUUCUGCACAAGCAAACAUAUCAGUUCCCUCUACAGAUAAUACUGAUGGUACUUCAAGUAGAGGGAGUGAUGACAUGGAAAAUAAUCUAUUUCAAUCGUCUGAAUUAGCAGAAAAUUUUCCUGAAUACUGGGAUAAUUUUAUUGAAAAACGCCAGGAUAAUUAUUACUGUCACUUGUGUAACAUUCAAUUGCAUACGUCCUCUGCAGUGAUUACACAUUUAGAUAAUCAAGAGCAUAAAAAUUUAGCGAGACACAGAGAAAUUAGUAGAGUAGUAAUUGAUGGAAGUUUUCCUGAAUCGGAUUAUUGUAAAUUAUUUGUUGAAAAUGGAAUUUUUAAAAGUGAUACAGAAAUACUUGAAUGUUAUAUUUGUAAAUGCUUAUUAGGAUCAUACGAAGACGCAGUUAAACAUAUUUGUGACCCGUCACACAAAACUCAACAGCAAUUUCUAUUUGAUUUUCAAUUACCAGCCAAACGAGAGAGUAAUGAGACACAAAAAUAUCCAGAUUAUCUUUUUGUAAACUACCAAGAGGACGAUGAAAAAGUAUUAACAUGUUUUAUAUGUUCUGUCGAAGACUUGUGGAAAAAUCACAAGGAAGACAAAGACCAUUUGUCCAAGCUCCGGUUUUUCUUCUCAACUUUCAUGGAUUAUCCAGGAGAUCAUGUCGUUUGCAAACUGUGCAAGAAUAAUAUUCCUAAAGGUUCAGUGAUAGAACACGCUGCGAAAAAACAUCAAGCGAUACCCUGGUACAGACCGAAGGAUGAGUUCGAUACGUAUUUCAGUAAUUUCAUUCGACUUAUCGACAAUAAUUAUUACUGUUAUUUGUGUAGUAAAAUUAUUAAGCAUUGGUAUCUUGCCUUGGAGCACGUAAACGAUUCGAGGCAUUCUGGCUGCGUUAAAAUGUUUUUUGAUGAUAAAGGCAUUGAUAAAAAAGCUAUAUCAAGAAAACUUAAUAAAAUUUAUGUUGCUAAUAAUAUUUUUCCAUUCAGUUUCUCACAGUUACGGUGCUGGAGCUGUAAUUUUAUCAUUGAUGGAUACAAAAAUGCCGAGGAACAUAUCGGUAGCGAUGAACAUAAGAAAAGUAUCACAACUUUUGUUUUUGAAUCAACACCUGAAGAGUGGGAUAAAAUAUCUAUUUGUGAUGAUCCAGAGACUGUUGAUGAUGUAGAUUCCAGUGCACGGGAAAUUGUAAUUAAAAAUCCUGAAGAUGGAUCGAUAUUUAGUCGUAGUCUUGAAAAAAGUAUUGACUGUAAUGAGUCAAAAGUGUCUCUCUCAAGCUACUCACCAAUCAAUAUUAAAACUAUAAAUAUUAGUGACAGCUAUAAUGAGGAUCAUGUCGACUCUAUUUCUAUUCAGUCAACGGAAUCAUAUUCUGCAAUGGACAAUAAAUUUUUAAAGUUCUUUGAAAACCACAUUGGACGCAGUACUGAUAGUUUCUAUUGCAAUUUAUGUUACGUGCAUUUGUCUUCUGAGUAUUUGGCAUUGGUACAUAUCGAUGAAACCCAACAUCAAUUAUUAAAAACAAUAACGUUUGGUUUUGAUAAAAUUGAUAUAAUAAAAUCUUAUCCUCCGGAAGCUUAUGAACGAUUUAUUGAUAAUUUUAUAUUUCCAAAAAACAAUAAUAAUAAUACAUUAGAAUGUAUUUUAUGUCAAGUAUCGAUGUCGUAUACUAAAGGAGAGAUCCAUAUUAAUAGUAACCAACAUGCCAAAGAAAGUUUACUGAGAAUUAAUAAUUAUUUAAUGCGUGGAAAAAAUAUUUCUGCUGGCACAGAAAUCGUACCUGAGUCUACAGGUGCAAAGUUCGAUGGAACUGCGCUAAAGGAACACAGUGAUGAUGUUAUUGAUUCUCUAGGAGAAUCAGAGGUCCAUUUUUUUAAAUAUUUUGAAAACUAUAUUUCAAAACAUGAAAAUUAUUAUUACUGUUAUUUGUGUAAUAAAAAUUUAUUAUCGUCGUCUUUAGUAAUGGCACAUAUAGACCAUCCAAUUCAUCGGAAUCUUUUAGAAAUUAAAGUAAAAACUAAACAAAUAACCGACCAAAUUCCACAAGUGUCAGACUUAUGCAAGCUUUUUGUUACAAAUGAUAUUUUCAGAUUUAGUAACGACAAUUUUAAAUGCUUUUUAUGUAAAUGUCGUCUUGACACUUGCGAAAAUGCGGUCGUCCAUAUUGAAAGUCACCAUGAGAAUAAAAAUAAUAAUUCUGCUUCUAUUAAAUCAUCAGUUAAACAAAAAUCUGAUUUACCUCAAGUACUAGCUGAUAAUAAUCAGUCGGUAAUUACUGCUAGCCGAUCUAAAACUGAUUCAGCCAAUAAAAGUCCUACUAAGAGAAAAGCUCAAGUUAUUUUAAAUAAUAAUAAUUAUGUUAAAGCAGAAACUGAAGCGAAUGGACAUAAUCGAGAGAUACCACUGUCUGAAUUAGAAGACAUGUCUAUCAAGUGCUUCAAAAAUUUUAUUUUCGUAUGGAAGAGUUUGUAUUAUUGCAAUUUAUGUGAUAUAUUUAUUUUCAAUUACAAAAGAAUAAAGUUGCACAUAAAUGAACCAGUUCAUCAAGAUCGGCUUAAACAAAAAAGAAAAAAGAAAAAAACUGUUGGUGAAACUCUUUAUCUGCCAAAUUUUUAUGAACAACUGGUCAGAAGUAACGUCUUCGAAAAUAACUUUUCUUCGUUGUAUUGUUUCACGUGUAAAUGUAAUAUUUCCUCUUACAAAAGUGCUGAGGAACAUAUUUAUGGAAGAAAUCAUGAAGUAAAUAAUUUAGAAAUGUUUAGUAAAGAAGAAAAUUCUCCAUCGGUCAGUAUUGAUGAAUUAGUACUGCCACAAUUACCCGAAUCUAGGCAUUGCUUUGUAGAAUACUUUGAAAAUUUAAUUGAAAAACGCCUCAGUGAUUAUUACUGUCACUUGUGUCAAAUUAAUUUGUCUUCAUCGUUUAAAGUAACGACCCACAUAAAUCAUCAAGAUCACAGUAAUCUCGUAAAACUUAGGAAGGAAAAAAUUUAUAUCACAGUGCAGUACACAUUGUAUUUAUAUGAAUUGUCUGUCAGAAAUGCCGUUUUUCAAGAUAAAUCUUCUACCCUAAAAUGCUUCAAGUGCAAAUCUUCUGUUCAAUUAAAAAAUGCUGAAACACAUAUCCUUGGUUCGCAACAUAAAACAAAUUUGAAACUUUUAUCAUCAUCAAAACCAGAGACAUCAUCAGAAACUUUUACUAAUAAUAAUAAAUCCGUAAUUAUUAAUAACCAGUCAUCCAAAAGUGACUCCUUCAAUCAAUUAAAAAGUUUAAAUAGUAGCCAAGUUUCUUCAGCUGAUGAAGAAACUAUUGCAAUAGAACUAUCGAAGCCACUCACUAAUUCAAAAAAUCAAUAUCUCAAAUGUUUUGAAAAUUUUAUUUACAUACGUGACAGUGACUACUAUUGUAAUUUAUGUAAAAAAUAUUUUUUGACAUCAUCUUCAAUGCUGUCACAUAUAAAUCAUACAGACCACAAUAAUUUGUUGAUAAAGAAAAGACAACAUCAAGAAAUUGUUGACCACCAAGUUUUGUAUCUGCCAACUUUUGUCGAGUUACUCGUCAAACAUAACAUUUUUCAGUUGCAUUACUCGACAUUAAAAUGUUUAUCAUGUCAAUGCACUAUUUCAGGAUACAUAUGCGCGGAAGAACAUAUCAAUGGUCAUCAGCACAAAAGUAGCCAUUUACUCGGUUCCAAUGAAGUGAACGUUUCUGCUGAUUUUACACUCAAGACAAAAGAUGAAUUUACUUUGUACUUGAUCAACUUUAUUGAGAUACGUCAUAAUGAUUUUUACUGUAAUUUAUGUCACGUUGAUUUGCCAUCAUCAUCUUCAGUAAAGACGCAUAUAAAAAAAAAUGAUCAUCGAAAUCUUGUGAAAAAUAAAGACUUGACUUUGAAAUUUAAAAAUCAAAAUACUUUAUACUUCACAGAGCUGUGCGUAAGGAACAGCCUUUUUCAAGUCAAUUCCAUCGAAUUAAAAUGUUUUAAAUGUAAUAAAUUUUUUGAACUGAAUAAAAGUAACGCUGAAGAACACGUGCAGAAUCAAGAUCACAAGACGAAGUGUCAACUUGUCGUUGGUAAAUCAGAAAAACAGGAAAAUUCUUCAACUCUGUCUGAUUUUAUUCCAAAUAAUAAAUUACCUGUAAUUACUAAUGAGCAAGUGUCUGAAAGUGUUUCAAAAUUUAGUGGAUUUAAAUUUUCAAAAUUAACGCCGUCCGAAUCAGAUGAUCUGAUAUGUAAAUAUUUUAAUAAUUAUAUAUUUGUAUGCGGCGAUGAUUAUUAUUGCAAUUUAUGUAAAUUAAAAUUAUCGUCGUUACACGUAAUCACGCACAUUGAAAAUUCAUUUCAUCAGAAUCUUGUGAAACUAAAAAGAGAAGGCAAGAAUAUCAUAAAUUUGCCCACUUGUAUGUCAGAUGACGUUAAAGAACUUGUAAAAAAUAAUAUUUUCCAAAUAGACUCAACUUUAUUGUCUUGUUUCACAUGCGACUGCUCUAUUUAUUCUGUGUUCAAUGCCCGAGAGCAUAUAAAUAGUGAAAAACAUAAAACAAAUAUUAAAUGUGAGAUUAAUAAAUUUUCAAGACCUAUUUCUACUAUAAGUGAUGCAAAAUCAGUUUGCGAAAACUCAGAGGAUAAAUUAGCAACGCCGAAAAAUAAAUUGAGUGAAUCGGAGAGUGACUUUUAUCAGUACUUUAUUAAUUUUAUUAUCAAAGACCGUAGAGAUUAUUUUUGUUACGCAUGUUUAAAAAGUAUGAAUUCAUUCUCGGCAGUGAAUACUCAUAUGGACAAAGAGGUUCAUAAAAAUAAAGUGAUAGAAAAAAAAAAAAGUAUGAAUAUUAUUAUAAAUAUUCCACACCUGCCUAACGUUUAUGAAAAACUUGUAAGAAAUAAUAUUAUUGCAUAUAGUAUGGAAAAACUUAAAUGUCAUACAUGUCAUUACGUUCUUCCAAGUUUUUUAGACGUAAAAUUACAUAUUGACUGUAAAGUUCAUAAGCACAAGCACGGAUUUAUUACUGUUAAAUCAUCAGGAACACAAGAUAUAUUUUUUCCUGAACCUCAAGCGUUUAAUGGCCAACCAGGCUCAUCGUCCAAUCAAUCAGCAGCCACUGAAUCAAUGCCGAGCAAUCAAAUUUUAAAUAUAUCAGACACGAAACCUCAGUCUCCGCUGACUAUAACUCCUGCUCAACUGUCAGCGGCCGAAUUAAAAGAAAGUAAAGUUACUUCGGCAUACAUUUUAUAUCGAGAUAUAUAUAAAUACAGUGAUACAAAAAAAAGUUUUGUUAUUUGUAAUGUUUGCGGUGAAAACUUGGACUCUUGUGUUCUUUUGCACGUUCAUUUAUCGGGUCAUUUCUGGAGAUUAUUUACAAAUGAAGACGUCCAAGAUUUGAUGUCUCUCCUAAAUCUUAACUCGGAAAUAAAAAUAUUUUUUUCUAAUGAUGGAAAUUCUGAGCAAGUGGUUUCAAGUCUCAUAACGAUAGAGAAGAGAAAAGCGUUGCUUAAAUAUCACUCCAAAUCCGCGGGAAAUCGGAAUUCGAAUAAAGUGAUGGCUGGGUCGAAACAAUUAUGGAUGAGUAAAACCGAUAUAAAAGCUAAAAAAGCUGAUGAUAAUCAAGAAGGUAAGAAGAGGGGAUACAAAAACGAUUUAGCGCACAUAGAUAUUUAUAAAAGUGAAAUUUCAAACAGAUUUGAUAUUUAUGAAGUGGCUGAAGAAUUACAUUACAGUAAUCAGUUGAGUUUAAAUAGAAUUUGUAUUAUCAAUGAGGAUGAAAUUUACUGCAUGAUAUGUCGUAAAAAAGUACCAUUUUCACUGCGAAUCAUCUACGAACAUUUUCGCAGUAUCGAGCACUCGUAUUUCCUGGUGCAAAUGGUCCAAGAUCACAUGAAGUUCGAGGGUAUACCGAAUGAAUUCAGUGAUCUGCAUCUCGCACGUGAAAUGAUGGAAGACAAAAGUGAUCGACAUGUUGUCUGCUACGUCUGCGAUCCUGCAAAACCUUCAGUCAUUCCAAAUACCAACGAUGCCUUGGAGAUUCACAUAAAUCAAUUUAGACAUCGAAAUAACAAAAUUAAACUGAGCAAUAACUUGCAACAAUUUAUCAGUGAUUUUAACUCGAGACUAGAAUACAGUUGGUUCAAUGUCCAAAAAUACUGGUGCGUAAUCUGCAGUAAACAGUUUAAUUUUGAAAAAAAAUUUUACUCACAUUUGAAUUCUAAAAAGCAUCACAAAAAGUGCGCGAAACUUGUCGAGUUUGAAAAACUUCUGUGUGAUUUUUGUCCCACAUGUGGGCUACUAUUCUACGGAUUCAAAAAUACAUUCGCUUAUCACUCGGAUUGUGAAUCUCACAAAUAUUAUGCCGAUAGAUCUUUCUAUCUAAUAACACGACUGCCGACUGCUGUUGAAGAAAUGCUGAUCAAUGCAGACGAAGUUGUGUCUUCAAAGAUGGAAACAUUAGAGUGGGAAGUCGAAUUAAUGAAGCAAGAAGAAGAGUCACUAAUAAAAGACUUAGAGAUAACUAUAAAAGAUUAUGUGGAUGCCAAAAUUCAUGUCUUUGGUUCCCGGAAAACUGGAUUAGGAUCAAUGACUAGUGAUCUUGAUAUUUUUCUCGAUUGUGAUGAUUUGUAUCAGAAAGGAACUUCUGAUAAUGACACGUCGAUUUUCUUGAGAGAAGUCGAACAUUCUUUGAAGAGGAAUGAAGAUAUAUGGACGGUCAAUAGAACAGUUUUGGAUUGUCGGGUUCCAAUUAUUAAAAUAACUCAUAAACUUACAGGCAUUGAUUGUGAUAUAUCGUUCAUAAAUGGGCUUACAGUUGAAAGUUCCAAAAUGAUUAAAACGUACGUCGAUAAAUAUCCUCUAUGCAAAAAACUAAUUUUAUUUAUAAAAGACUGGAUAAAUAUAUGUAAUCUUAAUGGCGAAAGCGGAAUAUGUAAUUAUGCUGUCGCUUGGAUGGUAAUUUAUUAUUUACAAACAAAGUUUAUAUUACCAAACGUUGCUGAGUUGAUAAAACUUGAGGGAAAGUCUCAAAGAAUUGGUGGUUGGGAGACAGGAGCUUCCAAAGAUUUUACUCUAUCAGAUAUUAGUAAUAUUUAUAAUUUCAAAGAUUUAUUACGGGGAUUUUUCAUAAUGUGCGCGGGCUUUGAUUAUCGAAAUAAUAUAUUUUGUCCACUUCUGGGUCGUCCAAUUAAAAAAAUAGAUUUUGUUAUGUCGGAAAAGCUUAAAGAUUUGCCUAAUGAAAUGGAACCUUACAAAAAUUACCUUAAUAAAAAUAAAAAAGCUGAAAGUUUACGGUUGGAUUCAGUGAUAACUGUCCAGGAUCCAUUUGAUUUGAGCAACAAUCUUACUAAAGCUGUUAAAAAAUCUACCAUGUAUCGUUUUAAAACUUAUUCCUCAUUGAGCGCUAAAAAGUUUAUGAUUAAUUAAAUGAUUUAUUAUUUGUAUUUUUUUUUUCAACGCAGCUCAAAUAAUUAAAAGCUCAAGUUUUUUUUCUUUAUUAACAGUAUUUUAUUCCAAAUACAGCGGGUACAAUCGUUAAUUAAUUUCUAAGAUUAUUAUUAUAAAAAAAAAGGUUGUUUAUUAUUUAUUUAUUAAUUUUUUCUUUGAUUUAUAUAAAUAAUAAGUGCCUUGAAUUGAAACGUUUAAUCAAAAAUAUGAUAAC